GCGGCUCUCCUUGGUUCUUGUGCGAGUGUGCAUGUCACCGGCGGCCUCCUGGGGGCAGCAGCGGAAAAGGGGACCAGGAGAAAGAGGUAGCCUUGGCGCACGGUGGCCAAGGAGGCAGAGGACCCUCGCGGCGCCGGCUCACGAGACCUAAACUCCGCCGGGGCUGUGCCCGGAGCGCGUUCGAACAUCGCAGCAGGCACCCUCCAUGUCCAACAGCGGUGACUCGCUUUAGGACUUCGAUUCCUUUUGCCUGCCCCGGCGAUAGCAACAGAAUUUGCAGGCGAAGAAGCAGCAGCCGCGGCAGCAGCAUCCCCAACCCGGGUGGGACCAUUGAGCGCCGGAGCCGGCGGCUGCAGGCAGGAAGGGAGGGUCGUGGCCGCGAUCUGAGUGCGUUCCCGGGCGCUGGUCCUCCGCAGCUGGCCCUUCCCCGGGCGCCCGGUGCAGGUUUCUAACAAUGGUGCGGAGCGUCGGCGCGAGCCCCGCGUCCGCCCAGCGAUCGUAGAGGAAGUGGCCGGGCUUCGGGUGGGGUGGGCAGGGAGACGCCCCCCGCCACUCGCUCGCAGGAGUUUGAGCGGCUGGCCUCUACGGCCUCGGGUUCCUUUCGAGAUCAUCGACGGCGGCUCAAUCCCGAGAGCAUGGUGCCAGCGCCUGGGUUAAUCUAGUUCUCCGUUCGCUCCUUUUUCCUCCUCCUCCUCCUUCUCCUCCUCCUCCUCCUUCUCUCCCUCCUCCUUUCCCUCCUGCCGGUGCUGCCUCUGGGUUCCCGGCGUGUGGGAGUACAACUCUGCCUGUGCAAGGAGACCGGCUUGUGACCACUGAAAAGAACUUAUUCAUUGAAAGCAAACCCGGAACAGCUGGAUAAUGUCCACCCCCAGCAGAUUCAAAAAGGACAAAGAGAUCAUAGCCGAGUAUGAAAGUCAAGUCAAAGAAAUCCGAGCUCAACUGGUAGAACAACAAAAAUGCCUGGAGCAGCAAACAGAGAUGCGAGUGCAGCUCCUCCAGGACCUGCAAGACUUCUUCCGGAAAAAAGCCGAAAUCGAGACAGAAUACUCUCGGAACCUGGAGAAGUUGGCCGAAAGGUUCAUGGCAAAAACGAGAAGCACCAAGGAUCAUCAGCAGUACAAGAAAGACCAAAACCUAUUGUCUCCAGUGAACUGCUGGUAUUUGCUCCUGAACCAAGUGAGGAGAGAAAGCAAAGACCAUGCAACCUUGAGUGACAUCUAUCUGAACAAUGUGAUUAUGCGGUUCAUGCAGAUAAGUGAGGAUUCCACCAGGAUGUUUAAAAAGAGCAAAGAGAUUGCAUUUCAACUUCAUGAGGAUUUAAUGAAGGUUCUUAAUGAGCUUUACACGGUGAUGAAAACAUACCACAUGUAUCAUGCAGAGAGCAUCAGUGCAGAGAGCAAGCUGAAAGAGGCUGAGAAACAAGAGGAGAAGCAAAUUGGAAGAUCUGGUGAUCCAGUCUUCCAUAUUAGACUAGAAGAGAGACAUCAGCGGCGAAGCUCUGUAAAGAAAAUUGAAAAAAUGAAAGAAAAGAGACAAGCAAAGUAUUCAGAAAAUAAGCUAAAAUCGAUUAAGGCACGGAAUGAAUAUCUCCUAACACUUGAAGCAACUAAUGCCUCAGUUUUCAAAUACUAUAUUCAUGAUCUUUCGGAUUUAAUUGAUUGCUGUGAUCUUGGCUAUCAUGCAAGUCUGAACAGAGCGCUAAGAACAUAUCUCUCUGCGGAAUAUAACCUUGAAACCUCCAGACACGAGGGCUUAGACAUCAUCGAGAAUGCAGUUGACAAUUUAGAGCCAAGGAGUGAUAAGCAGAGAUUCAUGGAGAUGUACCCUGCUGCGUUCUGUCCACCAAUGAAGUUUGAGUUUCAGUCUCACAUGGGUGAUGAGGUAUGUCAGGUCAGCGCCCAGCAGCCGGUCCAGGCAGAGCUCAUGCUCAGGUACCAACAACUGCAGUCGCGCCUGGCCACGCUCAAAAUCGAGAACGAGGAGGUUAAGAAAACUACUGAAGCCACCUUGCAGACAAUACAAGAUAUGGUCACCAUUGAGGACUACGAUGUAUCUGAAUGUUUCCAGCACAGCCGUUCCACAGAGUCUGUGAAGUCCACUGUCUCUGAAACCUACCUGAGCAAGCCCAGCAUUGCCAAGAGAAGAGCCAACCAGCAGGAAACCGAGCAAUUUUACUUCAUGAAACUCAGAGAAUAUUUGGAAGGCAGUAAUCUCAUCACAAAACUUCAAGCCAAACAUGACUUGCUGCAGAGGACUCUUGGAGAAGGUCAUAGAGCUGAAUAUAUGACCACAAGGCCUCCAAAUGUUCCCCCUAAGCCCCAGAAACACAGGAAGUCCAGACCCCGCUCACAGUAUAAUGCUAAGUUGUUUAAUGGGGAUUUGGAAACAUUCGUCAAGGACUCAGGACAGGUCAUCCCCCUCAUUGUGGAAAGCUGCAUUCGGUUCAUCAAUCUCUAUGGUCUUCAGCAUCAGGGGAUUUUCAGAGUGUCUGGCUCCCAGGUGGAAGUCAAUGAUAUUAAAAAUUCAUUUGAGAGAGGUGAAAAUCCUCUGGCUGAUGACCAGAGUAACCAUGAUAUUAACUCAGUGGCUGGUGUUCUGAAGCUCUAUUUCCGUGGGCUGGAAAACCCCCUCUUUCCUAAGGAAAGAUUUAAUGAUCUGAUUUCUUGUAUCAGAAUAGAUAAUCUCUAUGAGAGGGCGCUUCACAUCCGCAAACUCCUCCUGACCUUGCCCAGGUCGGUCCUUAUAGUGAUGAGGUACCUCUUUGCCUUCCUCAAUCAUCUUUCACAGUAUAGCGAUGAGAACAUGAUGGACCCUUACAACCUGGCCAUUUGCUUUGGCCCAACAUUGAUGCCCGUCCCAGAAAUACAGGAUCAAGUGUCUUGCCAGGCUCAUGUGAAUGAAAUCAUCAAGACCAUCAUCAUCCACCAUGAGACUAUAUUCCCAGACACUAAAGAACUGGAUGGCCCUGUUUAUGAGAAAUGUAUGGCUGGAGAUGACUACUGUGACAGCCCAUACAGUGAGCAUGGUACAUUGGAGGAAGUGGACCAGGAUGCUGGUACAGAGCCCCACACCAGCGAAGAUGAAUGUGAGCCAAUAGAAGCAAUAGCCAAGUUUGACUAUGUUGGGCGGUCUGCCAGAGAACUGUCCUUCAAGAAGGGUGCCUCCCUGCUGCUGUAUCACCGUGCAUCCGAGGACUGGUGGGAAGGCAGGCACAACGGGAUUGACGGCCUUGUGCCUCACCAGUAUAUAGUGGUGCAGGAUAUGGAUGAUACAUUUUCAGAUACCCUGAGCCAAAAAGCUGACAGUGAAGCCAGCAGUGGGCCGGUCACUGAAGACAAGUCUUCAUCCAAGGACAUGAACUCCCCAACAGACCGCCAUUCCGAUGGCUACUUAGCCAGACAAAGAAAAAGAGGAGAGCCACCCCCUCCAGUAAGGCGUCCUGGCAGGACCAGUGAUGGCCACUGUCCCCUCCACCCCCCACAUGCUCUUUCCAACUCCUCAGUUGAUCUGGGGUCCCCAAGCCUGGGCAGUCACCCCCGGGGCCUACUGCAGAAUCGUGGCUUCAACAAUGACAGUCCUGAGAGGAGGCGUCGACCUGGCCAUGGCAGCCUGACCAACAUCAGCCGGCAUGACUCCCUCAAGAAGAUUGACAGCCCUCCUAUCAGAAGGUCCACAUCAUCAGGGCAAUACACCGGCUUCAAUGACCACAAGCCACUGGACCCAGAGACAAUUGCUCAGGAUAUUGAAGAGACGAUGAACACUGCUUUGAAUGAACUCCGGGAACUGGAAAGACAGAGCACAGCAAAGCAUGCCCCCGAUGUGGUGCUGGAUACCUUGGAACAAGUGAAAAACUCUCCCACGCCUGCUACUUCCACGGAAUCUCUCAGCCCUUUGCACAAUGUUGCCCUCAGGAGCUCAGAGCCUCAGAUUCGUCGCAGCACUAGCUCCUCCAGUGACACAAUGAGUACUUUCAAGCCUAUGGUGGCACCCAGAAUGGGCGUGCAGCUGAAGCCCCCAGCCCUUAGGCCAAAACCUGCUGUUCUUCCAAAAACAAAUCCUACCAUAGGACCUGCCCCACCUUCCCAGGGUCCAACAGACAAGUCUUGCACGAUGUAAAAACCAGCCGAGCAAGGGCAUAUGGGGAGGUGAUUUAAAAGAAACGGAUUAGUGACAAAAGUCAGUGAUCCAUAACUUUCCUUAGUUUUGUGCUUAUAACUGGAGAUCUUUUGGCUUUUCUAUGUUGUCGAAUGUAAUGUCUGCGACUAGCUAAAUUAACACGGGCAUUUGUAUUUUGUAAUUUUUUAAAGAACUGGACAUAUGUCAUUUUAAAGACAAUAGAAACACUUAGACUUACUUGAAAAUCCAAUGCUGCACCACUUGUAAUGAAGGCAACACCACUCCCCGCAUAGUCCAGUGCUUCAGGCUUCGUGGAGCCCAGGUGGGUCUCCUGAAAGCAGGAGAAUCCGAGUGCCAGGUCUUAUUGGAGUAGAACCAGUGUUGGUCUGUGUAAUAGCUGAAAGAUUAUGGCACUAUUUAGUAGCUGACAGUGAGCACCUCUGAUUCCAUUCAGAAUAGGGAUCCAGCUCCUGCUAAAAACUUAAGAGUUGUCACAGUGGGAACUUCAGCCCAUGCCUUGAAUGGGUUGAAUGUUUACCUUUUGUGUAACAGUCAUUUCUUUGGGUUCAGUUUAAAGUCCAGUGAAGGAGGUAGAACCUCACAGUUAUUGCUUGAACUGAACCUGGGAAAGGAAAGGGAGAUGCCGUCUCAAAGCUAUGGAUGUGAAUCCAUCCAUGAGCAUGAUCAGGCCCCAGAGAUUUCCCAGUCCAUCAGGGACUAGAAAGGACUAGAACACUCUAGUUUUAAAGACUUUCUGGUUAUACCACAAACCCCUAAAAAGAUCUGUUGUUCAAUAAUACCUACAAAAUAUGUGUCUUUCCUAAAUUCUUAUGUUCUCCUCUUUGGAAAUGGAGAGAGCAGACUGGACAUGAAUCCUUGAUUCACUAUUUGUUCUUGUCUGACAAAAUUACCUUGCUUCCUUUGAAUAUACCACAAAGGCCUGAUGAGCCUGCAUUUGAAAUUCCAGCUCUCCUCUUCAUUUUUCCCUUUGAGCCAACCCAGCACUGGCUAUGGUACUUGAGUUCAAGAGCCAUGCUGGGCCAUCAUGGGAAGAUUACCUCGUGGUUCCAGGAUGAUUUCCUCACAAUUUUUUACCUUGGAACCAUGAUUUUUUCUUUAUGCAUGUAAUCUCUAUAUAACUCACAUAAUCAAGUGAGCUCAACUAGGGACCCUCUUUCUCCAUCAUCCUUAGCCCCUGUUUUUACUAUAUUUCUCUAUCUUAAAAAUCAGAGUCUGUUUUGUUUUUUGUUUCUUUUUGUUUUGAUGCUGGGGCCUCAUGCAUGCUAAACACACACUUUACCACUGAGCUAAUCCCCAGGCCCUCCCCAAAUUGUCUUGAAUGCAUUGUUCUUACGAAAGUACAAAUCACCAUUGUCCUUCUAUCAGAGCUGAUAUCAUCUAUAGAGCUCUGAGCAUUUUACCUACAUUGUCAUUGAAAAAAAAAAAAAAAAAAGGAAACAAUCCUGCUGGUCACCCCUUGAUUGCCUUCUAGGUCUAGUU